AUGAUGUACACGAAGCUAACUUUAUUAGUUUCUUUACUGUUGCUUAUGUUAAUAGUAAAAGAGAUAAAACCCCGAGUGGAGUUUACGAACUUGAAGUGUAGGUCUGUGAACAAAGAUUUUGCCGAAUUUACGCAAUGCACUCUGAAAUCGAUAAAUCGAACAUAUAAAUAUAUUUCGACAAAGGUUUCACUGCACAAACUGCCAAUUACCAAAGCACGGGUCAACUUUGGAUUGUACAAAAGGUUUAAUGGUUACAGGCCGUUUCUAUACAAUAAAACCCUAGAUGCUUGCCAUUUUUUCCAACAUCAAAAGGCAAAUCCUGUAGCAAAGUAUUUCUUUGACAUGAUUAAGGAGUAUUCAAACUUAAACCACUCCUGUCCAUAUAAUAACGAUAUUAUUGUGGAAAAAGUUUCCACCGAUACGGUUAAUCACCAUGUUACGAAAAUUCUCCCUUAUCCGGAAGGUGAUUAUAUGUUAGAGACUCAUUGGAUGCUAAAUGAUAUUUAUUGCGGAGUAAUUCAAGUGUAUAUAACUCUGUUCUAA